AUGCUGAUGCAGGGGCCGUUUUUCUCCUUGAGCCAGCCCAAGGACGCGGCAGCUCCCAGGCUCCCCUACCCGCCUGCAGCACCCCCUGACAGUGACAACGCUGGGCGAGACCAGCAUGUGAGGGAGCAGAGCCUGGUGACGGAUCAGCUCAGCCGGCGGCUCGUCCGUACCUACCAGCUGUACAGCCGGACCAGUGGGAAACAUGUGCAGAUCUUGGACAACAAGAAAAUCAAUGCGAUGGCAGAGGAUGGGGAUGUGCAUGCCAAGCUCAUCGUGGAGACGGACACCUUCGGGAGCCGCGUGCGCAUCAAGGGAGCGGCCACGGGUUUCUACAUCUGCAUGAACAAGAAGGGGAAGCUAAUUGGCAAGAGCAACGGCAAAGGCAAGGACUGCGUCUUCACGGAGAUCGUCCUGGAGAACAACUACACGGCGCUGCAGAACGCCAAGUACGAGGGCUGGUAUAUGGCCUUCACCCGCAAGGGCCGCCCGCGCAAGGGCUCCAAGACUCGGCAGCACCAACGGGAGGUGCAUUUCAUGAAGAGGCUUCCCAAGGGCCACCAGACCACCGAGCCCCACAGACGCUUUGAGUUCCUCAACUACCCCUUCAACCGGAGAAGGACAGCGAUGGCAGGGAAGGGCACGCUGUGGGUGCUCAGCCUCCGAGCGGCUGGCAUUCCAGUGAAGGAAAGGGUGAAAGUGUCUCAGAACUGGAGGCACGGACGCUGCCGGAGGGAGACGGUGCUGAAAUGGAAAUGCAAUUUGAUGCCCUGGAUGGAGCUGGAUGGCGAGUACCUCUACCUGUCUCAAGCGGAGAACAUCCAGGCCUACCGGCUCUGUCCAGAUGGUACAGGUUUGCAGCGUCACCCUCAGGCUAUCUUCUCUGGCCACCAGGAGGAUGUAUGUCGCUUUGUUCUUGUCAACUCCCACAUCGUCAGUGGAGGGGGAGAUGGAACUAUUGUCCUUCACAAGAUCCAUGGCUCCUACAGUGUCAAGUUCUCUGCGCAUGAACAGGAGGUGAACUGUGUGGACUUCCAAGGUGGCCUCAUUGUUAGCGGCUCCCGGGACAGAACAGCAAAGGUUUGGUCCCUGUCCGCGGGCAGAGUUGGGCAGUGUCUACAUACAGUGCAGACAGAGGAUCGAGUGUGGUCCAUUGCUAUCAGCCCAUUAUUAAGCUCAUUUGUGACGGGGACAGCCUGCUGUGGACACACCUCACCUCUGAGAAUCUGGGACCUUGAGAGCGGUCAGCUGUUGACCUGUUUAGGGACUGACUUCCACCAUGGAGCUGGAGUCCUUGAUGUCUUCUACGAAACGCCCUCCCUUCUUCUUUCGUGUGGGUAUGACACCUACAUCCGCUACUGGGACAUACGGACCAGCACCAGGAAAUGCAUCCAGGAGUGGGAAGAGCCCCAUGACAGCGCCCUGUACUGCGUAAGGAGUGAUAAGAACCAUAUGAUUGCCAGCGGCUCUUCUUACUACGGCGUGGUGCGCCUCUGGGAUAAGCGGCAGACUCGAUGCCUGCAGAGCUUUCACCUGUCUUCACCCACCAGCAGCCCAGUGUACUGCCUCCGUUUCAGUACCACCCAUCUGUACGCUGCCCUGGCAUCAGCCCUGCAUGUCCUCGACUUCACGGCCCCAUGAAGGGCACUGCAGCUGCUUCUGGUCCCCCCAACUCAGCAGAGUUGACACUUGGCUCAGGGAAUCGCAGGGCAGGAGAGGUGAGAAUGGCCCCGAGGCUUCUGAAGGAUUUUUUUGCCUGCCAGAAACCUGCAAUGAAGAGUGCACAAAGGGCCAGACUUUCUCAACCUCACCUGCCUGUUAGUGGAAAUAAGGCCGAUUGUCCUUUACCCUUUUUAUUUUGUGCAAAUCAGGGUUUGUUUUAACAACUGUGGGUUUUUUCUUUUUUUUUUUUUUUUAUUUUUCUUUUC